CCUUUAACUAGAACUCUCUUUAAGAAGAGAAUAAUGUCACAGUUAUAAUUUUCUGUCUCUCGACUCUUGUUGAAGAAUUAUGCCGAAAGUUACAGCAAAUAGUCAAAAAUCAGCUCCAAUGCCGUCUUGCUCGUCCAAAUCUAAGACCUCCACAGUUUCUCAGGUACAUGAACAAAAUUCCACGCAGAAUGAUUUAACGACCGAAUCUGAAGAUUUGGAACGCAAAGCGAUCGAACUGGUCCAAUAUUUAUUGAUUGCGGAUCAGAAAAAGAUUCCAGUUCGUAAAAUUGACAUUAAUAACCAUAUACUAAAAGACCAAAAGAAAUACUUUCCAACAGUCCUCAAGAAAUCUCGGGAUAUGCUUCAAUCAGUAUUUGGUGCCAAACUUAUUGAAUUCGACGAUAAAUUAAAAAAACGCUACAUUUUAAUCACAAGCAGAAGCGAUAUCAGGAGAAAUAUUGAUUUGAUUUCCAGCGAAGAGGAAUCGGCUAAACUUGGGCUCCUUUUUAAUAUUCUGGCCAUUAUUUACAUGAAUGGUGGUGUGAUAUCCGAUUCAGACUUGUGGAAAGCACUUCGGAAACUCGGUGUCGAUCCAGAUGUACAUCAUGAAGUAUUUGGAGAUGUGAAGAAGUUACUCACUGAGGAAUUCGUUCGUCAAUAUUAUUUAGAAUAUGUUCGUCAAAGCAAUAGUGAACCGAUUCAGUAUGAAUUUCAUUGGGGAUUUAGAGCUGAAAAAGAACUUCAGAAGAAGGAUGUAUUACUUUAUGUAAGUAAGAUAUACAAGACCGAACCUUCUCAGUGGAAACUUCUCUGGAAUAACUGUAUGGAAGAAGAGGCUAACCGAUCUUCAUCAGCAUAAUAUUCUCUCUAUCACUCUCUCUCUCUCUAUCUCUCUCUCUCUCUCUCUCUCUCUCCACUUCACACAUCUACGCAGGGUGUCUUGGUAGACUUAAAUGCCAGUUAUUAAGUCACUGCUUAUUGUUAUUCCGACUCUUAAUGGGUCUGAGUUCAAAUCUCGCCGAGGCCAACUUGUCUUUCAACCCUCCGGGGGUCAAUAAAAUAAGGUACUACUGAACUGCUUGGGAUCGAUAGGCCUAAAUCAGAAACAGUUAUGGUGUUUAAUACAAGUUGAAUGUAAGAAAGUCUAAUAGCUUUGUAAUUUUACAUAACUGUACGUGAAUUAAUCGAAUUAUUCAAGGUGUUCCACUUCAUUCACUUUUGUAAUCGCUUAAAUAUAAUUAGGCGAAAUUAAAGCAGUCAAGACCAAUCAGUUACUAAUUUUAUCAAAAUCAAUUGGAAUCUCUCUCUCUCUCUCUCUCUAUAUAUAUAUAUAUAUAUAUAUAUAAUAUAUAUAUAUAUAUGCAAUUUAAUGCUAACAUAAUCACAGCCCAUAAUUGUUAUCACUAUUAUCAUUACUUUAAACUCCAGUUUGUGUAUACAAACAUGUUUGAAGAAUUUACAGACACAUGAAGCCGGUGAUUACCCCUGGACUAUAUAUCAAUAGACAAGUGAAACUCAAACCUCUUACACAAGACACUAGUUUUAAACUGGUUACUACACCCUCAAAAGAAUUAUAAUAAUUUAUUUUCGACCACAUUCGUAUAAAAAAAUGUACUGCAAAAAUACUUGUUGAGGAUGAAAUAUUUGCCGCCAAAAAGUUGGCAAAUACAACUUCCUUUUUGCAGUUUUGCCUCGCAAAACAUACUCUUUUGUAAUUCACUUUCAUGUUUCGUUAUACAUCAUUAUUUUUAAAACAUUUGUGACUAAUAUCUUUAUAAUUUGUUUUCAUAAAUUAUUCUUUGUAAAAGUCCUUUCUUGAGAUUCAUAACAAAAUCUCUUCAAAAUUUCAUUUUGGCUCAUUGUUGAGUAAUAAUGAGCUUGUUGUAACACAGUAUUACUAUCAAAUAAUACGUUUCAUAUUCAUGGUAAGAAUACUUAUUAAUAAGUUUAAAAUUAUCAAUUUUUAAUAUUCUAAACACUUGUAAAAAAAAUGUCUCAUCCUUAGAGCUUAUUUUGUUUUCG